CACUGACACAAUAGCAAGACGAAAUGGAUUGUGUAUCUUCCGAGACUACAAAACAACGAGACAUCCGAUUCAGACGCAACGCAACUUGACGCCUUAACCGCCUGAGACUUAGAGGCUGCUGGCAGUGUGGCUGUGUUAUUUAGUGUAGUCGCUUGGGCCCUGGGCGGCCACGCCUGAAGGCCCAGGCGGGCCGCAUUCUUGUGCCCCUGAGCUUGGCGCCACAGCAGGAUGAGCGACCAUCUCAGCCGUAGCAGCAGUUUCUCUAGUGUUGGCUCUGGAGCCAACUCGGUCGCCAGCGAUGCGCGGAGCAUGGCGGGUGCGGGUGGCGGAGGCGAUGUCGGAGCCAACGACCUAUUGGAACAGAACCAAACAGUGCAGGCGGCGGUAUUUGGGGUGCUCUACACGCUCGCAAAAGAGAAGCUCGACACGUCCAAGCGCUUCGCCUUUGCCAAGCUGAUUCUUGAUUUCUUACAGUGUUUCAUCCUGAUUGUCAACCCUACGUAUGGAUGGGCCAUUGACACUAACGCGUGGUACUGGAAGGCCAUUAAAUGGGUGCACUUCAGUAACCCCAUCAUCGCCAAGGGUUACAACUUCUUCGUGGCGAUACUGUACGUGCUUGCGGCAGCGCUGGCGAUCAGCAUCAUGCUGUGCAUAUGGGUCGGCUGGUGCUUCAAGAAUGAUCGCUUCCCUUAUGUCUGGCCCAUCAAGAUGCUGCGUAUCGUGGUCGCCACGUUCUUCGUGGUCUUCUACAUCGGUUCAUUGGCCAUCUUCAUGGUGGCGCUGAGCUGCCGGUGGUUUGACCCCGACCCUGCCAUCAAGUUCCACCUGAGAGCGUUUCCUGACGUCGGCUGUCUGGUGAUGCCACACCUGGCGCACAUGGCGGUAGCGCUUUGCUGCUCGCUCGUUUUCUGCUUCAUCGCGUUUGCAAUGACUGUUGCGGACUUCGAGAUGAACCCAGUCAGCCGCCGCUGGCUGGCCUCACCGCACGCGCGGGUUGAGGUGCGCGGUCUGUUGGUGAAAACCAUCAUGACCAUCACCGUGUCCGUCAUCUCGGGCCUGACAAAGGUUCAAUCAGUCAUCCUUAUGGGCACCUCGGUCUUCCUUUUCUGGUCGUACGUGCGCUGGGAGCCCCACUUCAUUGAGUGGAUCAACCAUACGAGGGCGGGCCUGUACGGCAUGGUCAGCUGGGCGGGCAUCCUCCUCGUGGUUCUCACCUUCAGCCCUGAUCGCAAGUACUCGGAUUUCAGGUCAAAAGUCACAACCAUCAUGGUUGCUGGCCUGCUCCCGUGCAUGCUCGUUGGCUUCCUUGCGUCCUUCAUCCGCCUUCGCUGGCGAGUUAAGAAUGCAAUCAAGGCGUUCAGCCACAUCGACCCCAACAAGUCCCGGCUCAAGGACAUCUACCGCUUCCCCGACCCGAUGGAGGUGGAGAUUGUGUCUCGCGUGUGCCGCAAGUGGACUGAGGACGACGUGCUGGACCCGGACGCCGUCAAACUGGCGGAGACCGUGCUCAAGGUCGGCAUGGCGCACUUCCACGACGACGUGUUCCUUACCAUCACCUACUCCAAUUUCCUGAUCGAGGUCCAGAACAACUACCAGUCGGGCGUGACACAGCUUCAGCAGGCCAAGAAGCUGGAGCCUUCCAUGAGCGACCGCUUCGCCAUCUUUGUGCGUGAGCAGGAGCACAAGCAGAAGGCCCAGAGCCAGAGCAGCGGUGAGAGCGCAGUGGACCUGGUGUCCUAUGUGGAGUUCCAGCGCAACUACCGCCUGCUGCUGCGCGCACACAAGGGAUCGCUGUACGCUACCCGGCACUUCUGGAAGCAGCUGCUGCACCACGACGUGUCGUUCAGCGCUCUGGCGCGCGCUUUCCGCUCUAUCGAGGUCAACAAGACCAAGGCCGACCGCACCUAUAAGAUGGUGCUGGACAGGUACCCGAGCAGCGUCAAGCUGCUGCGUAGCUACGGCCGGUUCCUGGAGGAGGUCAAGAACGACCCCUGGACUGCAGCCAAGUACUACAGUGAAGCGGACAAGGUGGAGGAGCAGCAGGAGAAUGCCGCCAACGACGCCAUGCUCAGCGAUGCAGUUGGCGAUGGCGACCCGUCGUCAAUGCUGGCCCAGGUGGACGAGAAGAACAACGCCGUGGCGGUGAUCAACGCCGUGGGCAUCAUCCAGAUGGCCAACAAGCCUCUGAUGAAGUUGUUUGGCUACCGUAAGGGUGAGCUGGAGGGCAAGAACAUUUCCAUCCUGAUGCCGCAGCCCUUCAGCCAGCGCCACAACGGCUACCUGCGCAACUACAUCACUACGGGCAAGGCCAAGAUCCUGGACUCCGUGCGCGAGGUGGUGGCCAUCCAUAAGGACCGCUACGUGUUCCCUUUGAAGAUCGCCGUCACCAAGGUGUCCGGCACCGGCGCAGACAGUCUGUUCAUGGGCGUGCUGAAGCCGGCGGAGGACGACCCCAACACUGUGCGCGCCUGGAUUAUGACCCAGGGCACGAUCCUGUGCGUGGACCAGCGCUUCAGCGACUGGUUCGGCCGCGGCCCCCAGGAGCUGGUGGGGCGCCCCUUCAACACCAUCGCCACGGAGCAGGACGUGCUCAUCAAGCUGCUGGACCUGGCCAACGCCUCCACCGAGGCCGAGUUCCAGGAGGGCCGCGUCACCAGCGAGCAGGUCCACCUGCUGCACAAGUACACGGAGCCGGUUCCGUGCAGGCUCAAGAUGACGCUUGGCGGCACCGACAGCCAGCGCAUCUUCGUGGUGCACGUCAAGCGCGUGCGCAAUGACCAGAACAACAUGAUGGUGACCGACCACAAGGGCCGCAUUAUGUACAUGAACACCGACCUGGCCUCGGCGCUGGGCUACACGCCCAAGCAGGCUGUGAAGAUGGACAUCAGCCAGCUGAUGAGCCACCCCUACUCCAUGCUGCACUACAAGUACAUGAAGGAGCCACCGGCCAAGGUGCCGCUGCAGUCUUGCCGUAACGCCGCGACGGUGGUUAUGCUGGACAGCAAGAAGCAGCCGCACCCCGUGAAGCCGCAUUUGUCGCUGCGUGAGGAGAACGAUAUCAUCACGCACGUCGUCAACAUCGAGUUCUCAUCCUGGGAACGCGGCUUGGAUGAGCGCCGCCUAUCCAUGGUCAUUGAUGAAGCGGGCAUGAUCCAAAGCGUGUCGGACACGCCCAUGGGCGUCUUCGGGAUCAAGCCAGCCUCCAUGGUCGGGCACAGCGUUGCGGAGUACAUCGACGCGCUUUCACCGCUGCGUGGCGAGCUGCCGGAGAUCAUCAAGAAGAUGGUGGCGCUGCAAACGGAGAAGCCCGGCUACUCGUGGCGUGUGGGCGUGCACCCGCCCGUCGACGAGGCGGCGCUUGCGACCGCAAGUGCGGUGGCGCAGGCCAUCUUGGCAAAGAACACCCGCCCUGCGCUGAUGGGCAUGGAGAUCAAGCCACCCGCAAAUGAGGGCGAGCUCCCGGUGGUGUCGGUCACGCUGUUCAAGGCGGACAUGGUCACAGGCGUGAUGCUGGUGGACCACAACAACGUCGUCGUCAAACCCAACUGCUGCGUGCUGCACCCCACAGGCCUGCUCUUCGGCGUGGCUAACCAGGUGCUCAUGAAGCGCAAGGCCUCGCAGUUCUUGGACAUGCCGCACAACGUGCACUCGGAGUGGCUGCUGUCGGACCACAAGGUCAAGGGCGCCAUGAAGACCGGCACCACCGGCCGCAAGAUUGGCCCAACGCGCAACAUCACCGCCUUCCACGAGGACGGCCAGCCGCUGACCAUCCGCAUGACGGCCGUGGCGCAGGAGAACAAGCGCGUCAACGUCAAGUUCAACUUCGCCAACUACUGGACCGGCAACACGGAUGUGUUCCUGCGCACUCUGCACGGCAACGUGGAGCGCGCGCAGACGCGCGGCCAGGAGGCGCCCGCUGCUGCGCCGCCAGUUGCGGACCCCAAGAACAACCGGAGCGGCCGCCGCGCGCUGGUCACGACGUCCGUGAACGCCAAGGGCGGCGUGAAGUGGGCGGGCAUUGGCGGCGGCGACGCAGACCCAGACGGCGAUGAGAAGAGCGUCAAGGGCAACGGGCGCAAGGAGGCUACCCUGCCGCACUCGCCAACAGCGGACAAGCUGGGCGGUGACGGUGGCACGGCCCCGCGCAUGAGUGACGCUGGGGGCCGCAAGUCCGAGGACGGCUCGCUGUCCGACAGCGGCAGUGGCAGCGGCGAUGAGAAGGCGGAGGACGACAAGGCCGCCGAGGGCCAGGACGGGCUGGGGGCCUGGGGCGGCGGCGGCAACAACUGGGGCGCUGCGGUGGACGACGACCAGGCAUCAGGCGUAUCGGGCAGCCAGGUGGAUGGCGCGUCCGUCGUCUCGGGCAGUGAAGCUGGCGGCUACCAGACUGACUUCAAGCGCGGUCGGCGCUUCAAGAAGCUGAUGAAGUUGCUUUCGUCGGCCAAGGCCAAGGCCGACCUUACGCGCUACAACCGGCACACGUACAUCGUGAUCGCACUACUGCUGCUGGUGCACACGAUUUGCUUUGCGCUGUUCCUCAUCUUCCUGGAGAACCAGAAGAAGUAUGUGACGGAGGUGGACUCAACCCAGGACACUUCAACGUACGGCUUGGACGUGGCCAUCCUGUCGCGCGCCAUGCAGAACGUCUACAACAACAACACCAACCCCGAGUGGUACACGUGGGACGACCUGCCAGUGAUCCUUAAGGACACCACUUCCGCAAUCGACAUGAUGGAGUUCAACCACCAGGGCCUGUACCUGGGCUUCGGCAAGCUGCGGCAUCUGGGCGACAUCUACGAGCUUGGUGCCAUCUGGGAGGGCCGCACGCUCAACGAGACCCUGUACAUCGAUACCCGCAACCCGUAUCACGUGUCUGACCUCAACAGUCUGUGGCUGAUGGGCAACGCGCUCAUUGCCAGCGGCCGUGAGCUGGUGUCCAAUCACAUCCGCAUCGCCAACGCUACCGGCAAGAACUUCACACUCAACCGCGACUGGCAGUACGUGAUCAACAACGGCCCCGCUUCCGUCACCGCCGGCUACCGCUACAGUCUGAACGGCAUGGUGUUGCGCACCUGGGACAGCGUCGGCCGCGUCAACAUGCUGGGCAUUGGCCUGCUGAUUGCUGAAGGCGCCGUUGUGUGCGGUAUCGCGGCUCUGUACAUGUGGGUGCUGCUCAAGCAGGUGGCGCGCCAGCGCUACAGCCUUUACUCAGUGUUCCUGGUCAUCCCCACCGGCUUCCUGCGCGCACUGGCAAGCAAGCACGUGCAAGUGGAUGGCGAGGACGACAACGACAGUGACAGUGAUGCGGGCGACGAUGCAAAUGCCAACAAGGAGCGCAACAAGGACACGGCAGCCGUACCGGGUGCAGCCUCCACCAAGGAUGGCAAGACUGACGACGGCAAGGGCGAUGACAAGCCUGUCAUCCUUCCUGGCGUCAAGACUAAGGCCGUGGUGGUUGACAUGGGCGAGGCGGCGGACACGCCGCAGCCCAUGUGGCGCCGCCUGGUGCGCGCACUAUCACCGUCCAACUGGCUGGGCAGCGGCCAUCUGGGCAACGUGGACACUGGCAAGCGCAAGCUGAUCAAGGACAACCGCGACACCAUGACGCUCACCGUGCCGUUCCUCAUCUGGGGUGCUGUUGUGAUCUCCAUCUACACGUACUCGUACCUGACGCUGAAGAAGGUCUCUGAGCCGCUGGUGAACCUGGAUGUGGCCAACCGCGUGAAGGCCAAGAUCAACCGCGUAGUGUUCACGGCCCAGGAGGUGAUCAGCCAGCUCACGCCCGAGCUACGCGCCAAAGCACAGCACGAGUUGUUGGUGCGCCAGGCGGACCUAGAGAUGUUUUACGACGCCCUGCUGUACGGUAGCGACAACCUGCCUGAGAUGGCCUUCUCGCACACCGCGGGCACCUUGUUCAGCGGCGCCGCGCCGGCGCAGAUGUUCUUCCGCUCCAAAGACCAGUGCUACGUGAAGGACUACCCCGGCCGCUGGUGCUUUCCCGAGGGCCACAUGUACCACGAGGUGUCAAUGAACGCGCUGGACCCCAUGGUGCGCCGCCUGAUCGAGGAGGCACUGCUGCUGGGCAACGAUGCCGACGCCGACCUUAACUUCAACAGCACCCGCUUCGACUUCGUGUGGCGCGUGGCCUACCACCAGCUGAUAAUGGGCGUUUGGGACGCCAACGGCAUUUACACAGCUGCCGCCAACCAGAGGUUCGGCCAGGUCCGCAUGGCUCACAUCAUUCUGUUCGUGCUAUCCAUCUGCCUGGCGAUUCUGUUCCUGGCUACCAUGUUCCGGCCAUUCAUCCGCCGCACCGCCAUCGAGGCGCGGCAGGUGGCAGAGCUGCUCAGUCAGUUGCCACCCGAGAUGGAUGUGGAGGGCCUCGUGGCGUCGGCCAUGGCCAGCAAGCGCCGCGACGGCGAGGAGGGUGAGGAGGGCGUCGACAGGUCCCGCCGGUCCAUCGACGGCCGGGGCAAGGGCAGCGGGCGCAAGUCCGUAGACGGCGUCCGUGCCUCCAUGGACGGGCCAGGGAAGGGCAGCGGCAAAGGCGGCAAGGCCGCCGCUGAGCAGGAGGAUGACGCGUCCAGUGUAGCCUCCAGCAUGAAUUAGAACGGGGAAGGGCUGUGAGCUCGUAUGGGACUGCCAGCAUCCAGCGCGCUGAGCUUGUAUAGCGCGGCAAUGUCAUGGCCGUGGCGUGACACUCGGAGCGAAGGGCUCUGGAAGGACGAACCCGGAACUGAAAUGGAAAAGGGUGUUGUACUUUCUUGGCUUGGGAGAUUGUAUUCGUCAGCAAGGGCGCUGGGUGGCCACGAAGGUGUACAUGCAAGGUGUGAGCGCAGGGUGCUGGACAGCGAGGGGGUUAAGGCUUUGCCUGCGUCACCCAUUUAUCCGGAGGUGUAAGAUGCUGUGUGAGCGUCAAUGAUAUGCUGGUAUCACGCUUGGCGUAAUGAGAGCGCCGCCGCCUCUGGGCCUCAACAGCGUGCGACGCCGAAGAACGAAGUGAGCUGCGGAUGGCUCUUUGGGCGGCCGCAAGCCGUAUGCUAUUGAUUAGGAGUUAAAGUUGCGGGCCAUCACGCCUGCAUCAAUGGCCGUAGUGCUUACGUACGCCUGCCUUAGGCCCCUGCGUAAGGGUGCGUGCAGGCGUCAUCAGGCGCACUAGAGAUGUCACGAUACGAUGGUCGGUGCCCCUGUUUAGUUGAACACAGGCUGAAGCCCAGCUGGAGUCUGGGCGCGUGUUUCUUCGGCAUGUAUGCGUUGCACACUUGCCGGACGUGCGUGCUUGUUGGUGGACAGAUCACGGCAAGCGUUAACGACCAUCAUGCGUUUUGGUGAAGUAAAUGCUCGGGGCUAAUGGUGAUCUGCACAAGGAUUGCUGUGCAGCGCCUGUGAUGCCAUGCCUGGUGUCUGCUCGCAAAGCGGUGUGAUGGGGUCGUGUGUUGGUGUGGGCCUUGACCGGUCAUCUUUUACUAUGUCCUCACCCGACACGGUGCAGGUAGGCACUCUUCCGCGCUGACCCCUGCAAGAACGGUGCGUAUCUCGGACACGUUUUGGUCGGUCAAUAAAAAGAGCGCCCCUGCAAAGCGCUACCUUGUCUGUGAGAUUGCGUAUGACCUACGACCACUUGACGUAAGCGCGGCAAUAAACCGUGGCUGAGGGGCAAUGGUGUGCAUGAAUACGUUGCGUGUGACCUGCCCGUUUUGAGUGAGGUCCGCAUGCAUUGUUCGCGCUGGUGGAUGCAUUGUAGGUCUGUGUGUGCAUGCAGUAGUCGGGAACAAUUGGCACGUGGUGUAGUUGCAUGCGUUGGGCGAAGGCAGUCCCGUCGCUGGAUGGUGGCCGCUCCGUGCGGGCGCGGUGCGGCGCCUGGGCGGCGGGGACUUCCGUGGAACCUUGGCACAGAGCUCAGAACACGUAGGCGCGGCAUGGGUACUGAUAUUGUAGCCGUGCGCUACUGAAGCGAAGCGCGGUAUUGGUGCACUGUAAUGCACAGGCAGA